UUCAUUUCUAAGAAAAUGCUAUUUGUUUUUAUUCCUUUCUUCAAUCAUUAAUUUGGCAACAAAUUAAAUAAACCUGGUAGAAAUAUUAGUAAACAUGGCGACUUGCAUGACACUAAAUAGUAGACUGUGUGUACAAACAAUUUUGAAAACUAAAAAUAAUACUCUUUUACCUGUUAGAUAUAGAUGGAAGCCACCAGAUCCAGAUAUUCAAAUCUUGCCACCCUUUUCGAAGCGCUUAGCAGAUUGGAAAUCUAGAUAUCAGUUGCCAGCCAGCCAUGGAAUCAAUAUUGGACUUCGCUAUGACAACACACAAAAAAGUUCAACAGAUAGAACAAUGGUUAAGAAAUGGAUUGAAAAGAGGCAGCCUUUAGAAGCUGCAGCACGCCAUGGGGAAUUACACGUUGACCUUGAUCAAGUGCGAGAUGAAUGGUACAGAGAGAGGAUGCCAGAACAUGUGAAAACUAUUUCAGAGCACUACGGUAUAUUCCGAGACUUGUUUGAUGGGGCUCACUUCCUCCCUGUCAUACCUCUGCAUAUAUCCUAUGAUUAUAAUGAAGAGUAUGUCACCCCUGUCAGAUUUGGAAAUAUUAUACCAGCCUGUGAUGCUUCGUCCAAGCCAGUUGUGAAUUUUGAAUCAUCAGAUGAUAGUUUGUGGAGUUUAAUUAUGACAAGUCCAGAUGGUAAUCUUGAGGAUAGCAGCAAAGAAAUACUGCAUUGGUUUAUAGGAAAUAUACCUGGUAGUCUGGUUGACAAGGGGGAAACAGUGUGCAAUUAUCUUCAGCCGUUCCCACCUAAAGGCGUUGGGUUCCUGAGAUAUGUGUUUAUCUUGUUCAAACAGAAAAAAAAGAUUGAUUUUAAAGAUGUUCAAAGACCUGAAAAUUGCUUAUCUUUAAAAGCAAGGUCAUUUAGCACUUUAGAGUUUUACAGAAGCCACCAGGAGGACAUGACGCCUGCUAGCUUGUUGUUUUUCCAGAGUGAAUGGGACAAGUCUAUCACCUCAGUUUUUCAUCAUUUGUUAGAUAUGAAAGAGCCAAGAUUUGAAUUUCUCCAUCCACCCGAGUACUAUCCUCUUCAGGAGGACUUUCCUCACAGACGGCCUUUCAAUGUAUACUUAGAUAAUUAUCGGCACAUCAAGGACAUACAGGAGGAGGUUCUGAAGGUCAAGCUGAAGGAUGUUGAUCCUCUGAAGCCCCCAGCACCUCGACCCAAGUACCCCAACACAGUUGUCCUCCCCCCAUCAGUCCCCACUUGGCUGAAGUGUAAGAUACAGGAGAUGAAGCUCGGCAAGAAGCAGUGGGCUAAGUUGACAGACAACAAAGACUGAUUCGCCCAGAUUGUUUAUUGUAGUUCUUCACUCCGCACAUUUCUUUUUUAUUCUAGAAAUUUUCAUUAUUUUUUGUGUGUGUACUUUAAUCCAAGGUAUUCUUUCACUGUCUUGAACUUGAGAAGUAUGCAAUUAUUUUAACAUGGGGGUGGGGGGGGGGGGGGGGAUCA